GCCGCGGCCGCUGCGGCCGCUGGGGUGAGCCAGGCGGCGGUGCUAGGCUUCCUGCAGGAGAACGGCGGAAAGGUGCGCAACUCCGAGCUGCUGAGCCGCUUCAAACCGCUCCUGGAUGCAGGCGACCCGCGCGGCCGCGCCGCCCGCAGGGACCGCUUCAAGCAGUUCGUCAACGACGUGGCCGUGGUGAAGGAGCUCGACGGCGUCAAGUUCGUAGUGCUGAGGAAGAAGCCGCGGCCCCGGCAGGCACCAGAGCCCCUGCCCUCCUGCGUCCCCAGCACCCCAGGAGCACUGGCCUUGCCAUCCAAGAUUACUUCCUCCUCACACGAGGAAACUGCUCCCAUGGGGACUCCAUCCUUGGUCUCGGCGCAGCAGUCGGUAGAAGCACCCGAGGACCCGGGCCCGCCAUCAGAGCCACAGAACACCCCGGGGGCUCCGGCCUCUGAGCCCACUCAACCGACUGCGGAGCCGUUGUUAGGCACGGCCCAGCAGUUAGGGGGGCCCUCCAACCCCCGGCUUCUAGCCUGUGAGCCUGCCCAGCCCUCCGAGGUUCUCUUUGCAGACGUGGCCCCACCGUCUAGGGCACCGUCGGAGACGCCAGACCCGGAAUCCCGACCUGGGGCGACGGCAGGGCCGCCACCAAGCCCUAGGCACGCGCCUCCUCAGAAGCCCUGCAUGCUGCCGGUGCGCUGCGUCCCGGGCCCCGCGGCAAUCCGGAUCCGGGCGGAGGAGCAGGGCCUGCGCCGGCAGCUGUCAGAGGAGCCGAGUCCGCGGAGCUCCCCGCUGCUGCUGCGGCGGCUCUCUGUAGAGGAAUCAGGCCUGGGCCUCGGCCUCGGCCUCGGCCUCGGCCUGGGCGCGGGCCGCUCCCCGCACCUGAGGCGCCUGUCGCGCGCGGGCCCGCGCCUGCUGAGCCCCGACACCGAGGAGGUGCCCGCCGCGCCGCCGCCGUCCGCCGUGCCCCUGGAGCCGGCCGAGCACGAGUGGCUAGUGCGGGUGGCUGGUGGCCGCUGGACCCACCAACUGCACGGGCUACUGCUGCGCGACCGAGGCCUGGCGGCCAAGCGCGACUUCAUGUCCGGCUUCACGGCCCUGCAUUGGGCCGCCAAGAGCGGCGACCGCGAGAUGGCGCUGCAGCUAAUAGAAGUCGCGCGGCGUGGGGGCGCACCGGUCGACGUGAAUGCGCGCUCACAUGGCGGCUACACGCCGCUGCACCUGGCCGCUCUGCACGGCCAUGAGGAUGCAGCAGUGCUGCUGGUGGGCCUGGGCGCACAGGUGCACAUGCGUGACCACAGCGGUCGGCGCGCCUACCAGUACCUGCCGCCGGGCGCCUCGUAUGCGCUGCGCCGUCUACUCGGCGAUCCUGGCUUGCAUGGUUCUAUCGAACCUGAUGCGACUGGUGGUGGUGGUAGUGGCAGUCUUGCCGGCCGUCGCCCAGUGCAGGUGGCCGCCACUAUCCUCAGUUCCACCACCAGCGCGUUUCUGGGCGUCCUGGCCGACGAUCUGAUGCUCCAGGACCUGGCACGAGGCUUGAGGAAGUCAGGUUCCUUCAGCAAGUUCUUGAGUGCUUCGCCCAUAGCUCCUCGUAAAAAGACAAAGACCCGCAGUGGCCUGCCGGCCUUUUCAGAAAUCUCUCGUCGUCCCACCUCGGGGCCCUUGGCUGGUCUAAUGCCUAGCCUGCCCCCCGCAACUUGACAGUCCCUGAAGCUACCGGGCCAGCCCCUCACAGUCUAAGCCUGCCCAAGACGGCGACCCAACAUCUUCAGCUCCAUCUGGUUUCCAGCUUUGUCCAUCGCAGUCUGUUUUACCCAGGUAGGCCUACGCCUCCAGCUUCUGUCUGAAACUUGACCUGUCUCCAGAGUUAGGAUUCAAGAUCUCACUGAGAGCCUCCUACGAAGAACUCCAGAAGCCAGGUUGAACUUUGGAGAAGACUUGAAAUUUAGAAUCAAAGGUUAAGGGGCGGCAGCUGGUCUGGUCCCUGAAUGAGUUAACCCAAUGCCUCUGCAUCUAUACACUCCCAAGCCAGAGCUAAUUGCAAGAGUCUCUUUAAAUGUUCUGCGAUGUUGGAUGGUUGUCAGCUUUAAGAUACUAGUGAUUUUGUAAUUGGAUGCUUUUAUCCUGUUUUUAAAAUUGAAAUGAGGUAAAACAACUUUCAUAAUAACCUUUUGAAAUUAUAUUUUUCCAUUUUUAGACAAAAUGCUCAGACAUUUUCAAUCUUUUGCUAAAUAUUUUGGAAUUAUAUUUAAAAAAAAUAGAUGAUCAAGAUCUAAAGGAAAUUAGUCCCAACCAACAAAACCCUUAAAUGUCUAUCUACCUCAUUUUUGGCAAUCAAGAUUCUAGAGUCUUGGACACAGAAUAUGACCAUUGUGAAUGUAAUUAAUUUCAGUCAUACUGUGAAUGCUAUAUUAGGAAAUGAGUGCAUCUUGGGAGUAAAGGUGAUUUAAGAAUGAGAGAAAGAGACAUUUGGACAAAUAUUUUAAAUUUGUGGUUGUCUUUAUAGUAAAAUGUAAACAUGUAUCUUUGGCACUGGUGGGUAGCUAUUUUGACUUGGCAUGAAUAUUUAAUUUGUUUAAGUAUGAUUUAUUUGUGAAUUACACCAUCGUGCCAUGUUUCUGAAUCUGUGGUUUUCAAAUCUGGCUGAGCCUUUCAGUGCAAUAGGUGAAUAUUCAAAGUUGGGUCAUAGUUCCAAAAAAAAAAAAAAAAGAAAGAAAAGAAAAGGUCAUAGCAUUACACCACAAAAAUAACUGAUUAAAUAGUAAUUAGUACAAUUAAGAACCAAUUAUUUUAUAUGAAAGUUCUGUACAAACAGAAAGUACAUGAUAUCCAUUUUUAAAAGCCAUCUGAAAGCAACUUACUCCAAUAUAGCAAAUGCAGAAUCUCUUUACUUGGUGACUUUAGAGGAGUGACCUAAUAUCUCUGGAUCUUUGCUCCUAUCUGUAAUUGAGGUUUGUAGGUAUUGCUAAGAUUUCUCACGUUCAACAUAGUGUAAUUAUAAUGGCUCUUUCUGUUUUAAAGAUGUGGAAUCUAUUUGCUCAAACAACCUUUUUUUAUAUCAUGUGGUGGUAAUGCUCUGCUUUUGCAAAUUGUUUGCAUGUCAUGAGUUAUAUCAAACAGCACAGAGCAGUGGGGCUCCCCUCCCAUAUAUAUAUCAGUGAAGACUCAGAUUAUUUAAGGCAGUCCUUAAUGGAAUGUUUUGAUUUAAUCAAUGAAAUAAAGUCUUCCAUUUUGUUCCUA